AACUACACAACUCGCAACACCAAACUUGCAAAUACCUAGGAUCAGCAGAAGCCCUUUCCGUAAGGGUAGGUAUGGAUAUCUUGGUGCACAUAGUUGAAGAGGAGGUUUUGACGCGCUUGCCAGCAGUUGUUUUGCACCGCCGCGUCAGGGCCGUGUGCAAACGGUGGAGGGAUCUCAUAGACUCACCAAGAUUUGCAAAGUUCCAUUCAGCACACCACUCUAUAAAAAAGCAGAGUUGCCCCCCUCGCGUCUUGGGUAUAACUCAAAAUGGAUGUCUACGGUCACAUCAGGGUUGUCAAGGCUUGUGGUGGAUUGCUGUUUGGAAAGAUGGGCCGUGACUAUGUUGCUCUCAAUCCGCUCACCCGAGCUCUCAAGGUGCUUCCCCCGCCGCCCCUGGAAGCAGCAUAUAUAUCCCCGAAUAUUCAUUGUGCCCUGGUAUUGGAACCGUCCAUGCAGCGUUACUGGAUUUGUAUAGCGGGAGAUAUAGCAAAGCAAUUGCAUGUAUAUCACUCAAGAUCGGGAGUGUGGGACACGGUGGAUUACCUUCCUGGCUGGGGUAAUCUCAAAUAUGGAGUUGGGAUGGCUAACAGCAACGCUUAUUUUUCUGCUGAACAUGACUGUAUGUGGGGGAUUUUGAGCUUCAACAUGGAAGAAAUGAGAUGGUUUGUUGAGUGGUCAUCUUUCAAAGACAAUUCCCCUAUUCAAAUGUGCUGGUCUAUAUACAAAUGGAUGGUAACAACAGCAAAUCAGUUUUUCAUGGUGGCUAUGGGAGAAGACCAGAUGACGCUGAUAAGGUUGGACUGUGCAUCAAACGGACAUGUUCAGGAGGCAGGCUGUGAUUACAAUGAGAAACGCUAUCCUAUCCCUCCAAUCUGUUUUUACGAAGGCACCUUCAUGAUUGCGGACGAGGAAAAGCUUUAUUUUCUGGAUUAUGAGAGUAAGACCUGGAGCACCAUUCCAACUCAGAAUCUUUCAGUUGUGAGUUAUGUUUUUAUGUUCACACCAUCUUUGGUGCCUCCAUGAUGCUAUAAAUCAAAGUGGCACUGUUACGGGCUCUGAAGCGAGUUCAGCUACAGAUUCUACAGCUGCUGAUCUCGUUCUGCAAGAACAUGCCUAAACUUUGUUGCCGCUGUCCGUGAGAGUUGAGUUACACAGAUACUUUUUUUUGUUCUUGAUUCAUCCGUUUGCUUUGCUCCACUUGAUUCUGCAGUGUGUCCAAUAAAAAUGUUUCAAAAGCUUUGAAAAUAAAUCUUGCAGGUUGUACAUUUGCUGCAACCUCUCAGCCUUGAGAUCCCGGAUGUACCGGAACAACUUGGGCAUUCAAUAUUUAUCUGUAGUUGUUCUAUAACAUCUUCAUUUAUAAAGGAUUAUUGUAAGAUUUAAA